AUGGUCAAAUUUUUGCUAAAAAAUAAUGCAGAUGUUAAUGUUAAAACUAACCGCGAUAAGGUGACUGCUUGUCGUCUCUCGAGAGGCAUGUAUGAUCACUAUGAUCGUAAGUUUGUAAUGACUCCGCUGGCUAUCGCUAUAGACAAGAAAAAUAUAAGCUUGAUGGAAUUAUUAAUUGACGCAGGUGCUCAUGUCAAUUCAAUAAAUCUGGAUGAUGUGUCGCCGCUAUAUCUGGCUAUGCGUAUAGGAAAAGUACAAGUUAUGGAGUUUCUUAUCGAUCACGGUGCUGACUUUGAUAACAUUGUAGGAACUCAAGGGUAUUGUUCACUUCCUUUUGAAGAGUUUGGUGAAAUUGAGAGAUAUCGAUAUUUUGCCAAACUGGAAGCCCUUAGCUUGUUCCCAGGCCCUUAUUCUGAAGUAAUUGAUACAAAGUUUGAUAUUUUCAUCAAAAAAUGCUACGAAGAAAUUAAAAAAUUAAAAGAAGUUGAUAUUAAUAUUCAUAAAAUUACUUUUUUUGAUGUACUCACCAUGUGCCAGCAUAAGUUAGCCGUGAAAUUGACUUGUGUUAGUAAAGUUAAUUUAGCACGUUUGAAGACAAAAGCUAAAUUAACUUUUCCGUUGUAUGGAGAGUUGGUGAAGCAUUAUCUAACCAAAGCGGCACAAAGGAAGAACUUAUUAAUGAAAGCCAAUGCUACUCUUAUUGAUAUUUUCGGAAAGGCUCUUCCAAGUACUUUUCGUAGACAAAUGUAUUAUUAUUUUUCUGAUCAAGAUUUAGAACUAUUAAGUUAA